CGGUGAUUCGUGAAAGCGUUGCUUGAUUGGAUUGCUGGGUGCUGAGUGCUGACCUUUUCGUAAGGCUACAAUCCACGCGUCUGGAUAUAACGCUUUUUGGACAUUUGAUGAUGUGAGAAGAGAAGAUGUCUUCAAAUCUUCAUAAGAAAGAAACCUUGGAAAGGAAGGAAUCGCCAUAAAACGCAAGCAGAAAAAAGCCCACAUUUCCCUCGAAGUCGAAACGACCCCAGAAAAGAAAAGUGUCGAAACAAAAGGAAGAGUAGCACAACUGAAAACCACGAACACCCCCGGCGACUCAGCGACAGCGAGUGACCGAGAGACAUCACUCCAAUUCACAUUCCAAUUUCACUCAAACCACCCUGUAAUGACUUCUUCUUUUUCUUCUUCUUUACUAUCGUCAUCAUCUGGUGAUUCUACUGAUCGUAACGAUACCACCCUAACCCUAAUUCCAGGCCUCCCCAACGACCUCUCCUCUUUAAUCCUCUCUUUCAUCCCUUACUCCCACCACGCCCGUCUCAGACCCACCUGCAAAUCAUGGAGAACUUUCUUCUCCAACCCUAAAACCCUACUCUCUCUUCGUCGGACCCACCUCGCCUUCUCCCACCUCCUCUGUAUCUUCCCUGAAGACCCUUCUCUCACCCCGCCUUAUCUCUUCGACCCACAUCACCUCGCUUGGUGUCCUCUCCCUCCCAUGCCCUGUAACCCCCAUGCCUACGGCCUCUCCAAUUUUAUCGCUGUUUCCAUCGGCCACCACCUCUACGUCCUCGGCGGGUCCCUCUUCGACACCCGAUCCUACCCCAUCGACCGCCCGUCUCCGUCUUCCUCCAUUUUCCGUCUUGACCUCUCUACCUCCACCUGGGAUUGUCUCUCCCCGAUGCUCUCCCCCCGCGGUAGCUUUGCUUGCGUUGCGCUUCCCAAUUCGGGGCAAAUUCUCGUCGCCGGUGGUGGCUCUCGACACCCGAUGUUUGGAGCAGCCGGGAGCAGGAUGAGUUCGGCCGAGAGAUACGAUGUUGAGAAGGAUGAGUGGGUUGCGCUCGAUGGAUUGCCGAGGUUUCGUGCUGGGUGCGUUGGGUUCUUGGUUGGGAAGGGCGUGGACAGGGAAUUCUGGGUGAUGGGUGGGUACGGGGAAUCCAGGACUGUUUCUGGGGUGUUUCCUGUGGAUGAAUAUUACAAAGAUGGAGCGGUUUUGGAGUUGAAGAAUGGGGGGAAGUGGAGGGAAAUUGGGGAUAUGUGGGAAGAAGGGGAGAGGCGUAGGCUUGGGAAGGUUGUUGCCGUCGAUGGGGACGACGGCGAAAUGCCCGGGAUUUUUAUGCUCGAUAGGAAUGAUAUUUUCAGAUAUGAUAUUUCUUCUAAUAGGUGGCAAAAGGAGUCGAGUGUUCCAAAGAAAGCUCCUACAGACACUUGUUUCGGUUUUGCUGCAAUAGAUGGAGAGCUGCAUGUGAUGUCUGCAAUUAACUACAUCGACUCUGUGGACAUCCGAAGGCCUCGGCAGCAAAAGAAGCUGCCAUCACUGUUCAUCCAAAUCUACCAUCCAAAGAAGGGAACUUGGAGAAGCAUGACGACAAAACCACCAUUCAAGUGCCGCUUGGAUUUCAAAACUGCAGUUUUGUGUUCCAUCCGAUUGUAAUUCAGUUAUAUAGAUGUCUCAGGCUCACUGCAAAUUGCAAUUUGUUUGUACUUAAAUGGCUACUCUGAUAUUUCUGUAAUUACGCCUAUACAUGUGAACAUUGAUAAAUCACACACGCACAUGCAUUGUUUACAUA